GUAUAAGCUUAAUGUAAAAAAAACAGUAAAUCAUUUUCCCGCUAUACAUCUACAAAAGCGAGUUUACCGUUCUAUAAAAACUAAAUUUACCUAUUCCGAUUAAUUUAUUCUUUGAUUUUUACUCUGCUACAUCGUCGUCAUGUAAACAAAUGUCAAUGUCAUUAAUCAUAUGUCAAUUACAAAAAUUAUUGCGAAUCCUUGCCAAUUUGUUUUUGUUUGCUAUUAUACAAGCAUUUAGAAGUGCCAAUCGUUUAUAUCUUGACUCUUUAUACACUGAUGUAAUUAAACGUUUAUGUUUCUAAUAAUAUUGUUCAUUGCCGUGUAACCCUGUAAUAGUUUUAUUGAAAUCAAUGAUAAGGAUUUAGUUUGAAAAUAAUGCAAAUUUAAUCAAUUUGAUUUAGUUACAAUAAUAGCAGCUAUUCACAAUGGAGUACGACAAAGAGGAACAUACAUGGCGAAGGCAAUCAUCGUCUACGUUGAAGCAGACUACUUGUCAGCCAAUGCCGAAAAGAUCGCACACAGUUGCAGUUAUUGUGUUAGGAUUAGCAGUACUCAGUUGUUUGUUAGGGUACUGCGUCCUAAGCGAAACACUACCCUAUGAAUCUAAAACAUUGCGUCUGGUGAUUGUUCUAUUUCGUCAUGGUGCUAGAACUCCAAUAUCAAGCUAUAAAAGUGAUCCUUUCAAGAAUUAUCAAUGGCCUGAUGGACUUGGAAGUUUAACAAAUGCUGGAAAACUACAGCUGUAUGAGUUGGGUAAAAAGUAUCGUAACUAUUACGCUAACUUUAUCCCAGAGGAAUAUUAUGAGAAGGAUGUUUAUGUAAGAAGUAGUGAUAAGUCUCGGUGCUUGAUGAGUGCAUACACCUUCCUUGCUGGGCUCUACCCACCAUCGGACCGGCAGAUGUGGCAUCCAGAGUUACCAUGGCAACCAAUACCUGUACAUUCCCUGCCUAAAGAGUUGGACGAUAUAAUAGCACAGACGAAGCCGUGCAAAGUUUGGAAAUCAAUGUAUGAAGAAUUAUUAGAAGAAGCCAAUGCCGAUCCUAAGUUUGCCGAACUAUUUGAUUAUCUCAGUAAACAUACAAAUCAAACUAUGCGCAGCGUUUUAAACGUAGACUUCCUGUACAGCACUCUGCAAACACAACAGGAGGCAGGAUUGAAACUCCCAGAUUGGACAAAGAAUGUGUUCCCGAAUAAAAUGCGUACUCCGUUCAUGCUCAGUCUGGCUUUGUUAUCGUAUAAUCAAACUUUACAAAGGCUUAAAGUAGGUCCACUUUUAAAUGAAAUUAAAAUGAAUUUACAAGAUAGUGUGAGUCAUACAAACUUGGAUCGUUCACUGUACAUCUAUUCCGGGCAUGAUGUGACAGUGGUCAGUCUGUGGCGUACUCUCGGCUAUACUGAGCUGUUGGAGCCAGAGUAUGGAGCCAGUCUUGUACUAGAACUGCAUGAGGAAGUCGAACAAGAUACAUUUUUUGUUAAGUUAUUCUAUCGCAAUAAUACGAAAGUGGAAGUUCCCAUGGAGUUGAAUAUGCCAUUCUGUGAUGAUCCCUGCACUUACAACCGUUUUAUAGAACACAUUGAAACUUUGAUUCCAAAUAAUUGGCAGGAAGAAUGUCAAAACUGAUAAUUAUGAUACUCUCAGAUUAAUUAACAAGGUAUGUUUGAUGUAGACAUGUGUAUGUUAUAUUGUUCACUCACAGGAUCGUAAUUUUCACGUAAAUCGUUAUAAGUGUGCAUGUUUCUAUGUAUAGCUUAACCAUGAACAUAAAAAUCCAGGACAAUGAGAUACUACAAUCGGCUUUACUUCAUUGCACCAAGAAAUUAGGUACAUAUUUUACCACAAUAUGGUAAGAUUUAAAUGAGCUAUCGGGGAAACUGGCGGUGUUCCAACUUAAAAGCUACAAUCGUUUUAACAUUUUGAAACAAAACACAGAACAAAAUGGCUAGUUUCUUUUUAUUAUUCUUCCUUCGUUUGCAACACUCACUGCUUUCUUAUCAAUUAUCUGUAGGAAGAGACAGAGUUUGUCUCUUUGCAAUGGACAAGGCAAUUUUUCUUGAGUGGAACAUCGGGGAUUUCCCCAACUGUACCUGGUCAGGCUAUAUAGCAAUUUCAUUACCAACAAUCAGUAAACUUAAUUUUUUAAAUCACCAAUUUUUAGCUUCCAUUUUUAAGGGAUUUAUAAAGGAACAUUUUACAUUCUCACAGAAUUUAUUAAUGUUAUAUCUACGAUAAACUUAGGCUAUAUUGUUGGAAUUUUACUCGAAUAUAUUUGCUAUAUCUUGUGAAGUUAUCUUUAAUAAAUAAAAUAAUGUUAUAUGGAAAUAAAUCUUAUAAACCUAUAGUGCCAUAUGUUUGUAAUUCUUAUUCACUUUGUAUAUAAUUUUUAUCUAAUUCUAAUCUUAGAUUUUUAUAAAGGCCUAAUUAUUGGAAUUUUAACCAUGUAAACUAUUUUGUCUAUUCUCCGUUCAAAUAUUAUAUGUAAAAGUCGUUCUGAUGACCCGUUAAAUAUAUUAAUUUU